AUGGCAGUGUCAAAAAGAGUUGAAACCAAAGAUCUCCUUUUGUUGCUUUAUGUGUACCAUGUAUAUGCUGUCGUGGUACAAUUUCGUCUAUCUAUUAGACCAGAUCGGGAGCUUAGGCACCGGGCAGCACCUAUUUUUGUUUGCCUUCAACUUCUCAGGUCCGCAUAUUGUGAUGCUCCUCAGUUGCCACCUGAGAACUUAAGAGAACUCUUGCCACGUUUGAUUCCAGUUUUGCUGUCUAACAUGGUAUAUGCUGAUGAUGACGAGUCGCUUUUGGAGGCAGAGGAGGAUGGAUCUCUCCCAGACCAUGAUCAGGAUCUCAAGCCUCGAUUUCAUUCUUCACGUUUUCAUGGUUCAGAGGAUGGUGAAGAUGAUGACGAGGACAUUGUAAACUUGUGGAACUUACGGAAGUGCAGUGCAGCUGCUCUAGAUAUUCUUUCAAAUGUAUUCGGGGAUGACAUUCUGCCGACAUUGAUGCCUGUGGUUCAGGCUAAAUUGUCUGCUACAGGAGAUGAAGCUUGGAAGGAAAGGGAAGCAGCAGUAUUAGCUCUUGGUGCCAUAGGUGAAGGCUGCAUAAAUGGACUCUUUCCUCAUUUGUCAGAGAUUAUUACGUUUCUCAUCCCGCUUUUAGACGACAAGUUUCCUUUAAUACGAAGCAUCUCUUGUUGGACUCUAUCACGCUUCAGCAAAUAUAUUGUUCAGGUGACAGAUCAUCAAGAAGGACGUGAACAAUUCAACAAUAUUCUAAUGGGUAUUCUGCGAAGAGUAUUGGAUGAUAAUAAACGAGUGCAAGAGGCUGCUUGUUCAGCUUUUGCUACCCUUGAAGAGGAGGCUGCGGAAGAGUUGGCACCAUGCUUGGAUAUCAUUUUGCAGCACCUGAUGUGUGCAUUUAAAAAAUACCAGAGACGGAACCUUAGAAUUGUUUAUGAUGCCAUUGGAACAUUGGCGGAUGCUGUUGGAGAGGAACUAAAUCAGCCCAGGUACCUUGAGAUUUUAAUGCCCCCAUUAAUUGAAAAGUGGCAGCAACUUCCAAAUUCAGACAAAGAUCUCUUUCCACUGCUGGAGUGUUUUACCUCGAUAGCUCAGGCUUUGGGUACUGGAUUUGCACCAUUUGCUCAGCCCGUAUUUCUGAGGUGCAUAACCAUCAUUCAGUCACAACAAUUGGCAAAGGUUGAUCCUGUUUCAGCUGGUUUUCAAUAUGAUAAAGAAUUCAUUGUUUGUUCUUUGGACCUGCUCUCUGGACUUGCUGAAGGUCUUGGUAGUAGUAUAGAAAGCCUGGUUUCACAAAGUAAUUUAAGGGAUUUGCUUCUGCAAUGUUGCUUUAAUGAUGCUCCAGAUGUUCGGCAGAGUGCCUUUGCAUUGCUUGGUGACCUUGCAAAGGUUUGUCCUGUUCAUUUACAUCCUCGUUUGGCCGAAUUUCUUGAUGCUGCUGCUAAGCAACUGAACACUUCCAAGCCAGUUGAGAAGGAAACAAUUUCUGUGGUCAACAAUGCAUGCUGGGCAAUUGGAGAGUUAGCUAUCAAGGUUCCCAAGGAGAUAUCUCCAAUAGUCUUGACUGUAGUAUCAUGCUUAGUGCCAAUUCUUCAACAUGCUGAGGGGCUCAACAAGUCACUGAUAGAAAACAGUGCUAUCACCCUUGGAAGACUUGCAUGGGUUUGUCCAGAGCUUGUAUCACCCCAUAUGGAACAUUUCAUGCAAGCUUGGUGUAUUGCUCUGUCAAUGAUACGUGAUGAUAUUGAAAAGGAGGAGGCUUUUCGCGGUUUAUGUGCAGUGGUUAAGGCCAAUCCAUCUGGUGCUUUGAAUUCACUUGUCUUCAUGUGCAAAGCCAUUGCAAGUUGGCAUGUAAGUACUCCGUUUUCAUUGCUGUAUUCCGACAGUGGAAAGAAAUUUGUNUCGUUUGCGUGCAGUGGAAAGAUUGCUUCCAUACAAAGAUAUCUAAUGCAUUAUUCUGGGAUUGGUCAGAUGCUCAAGAAUGGUGCUUGGGAACAGUGCAUGUCUGCCUUGGAGCCCUCUGUGAAGGGCAAGCUGUUAAAGUAUCAAGUAUAAAAAGUAUAAUGUGUUCAAUGCUAGAGCUCAUCGCUCCUCUGUUGCUUCAGAGCCAUGCAUCUCUCCGAUUUAUAUUGGUGCCAGUUUACCAAUGUCUGAUUGUUGUUGAACAAUGCAUGUUGGAGCAAGCACAAGUUUGCAGUUGAAUUUUCAUCCUGGAGAAACAUGCUCUUUGAAGGUUGAAGCUUGCUAUACUUCUCCAAAUUUCCGGUGAGCUGGUUUGUCUGCAUAGCCGUUGUUUGGAGGAGCAGAGAAGCAAAGGUUUGAGACAUCUACUGCACAGGUUGCUUUAUGACAUCCAUAUUUUAGUUUUUCUGUCUGGGUCCUGAAAAGGCAUGAUGGCAUUUGUCUUGGGUAGUUAGGUUUCACCAUUUGCUUCUUGGGUCGAGAAGUAAUUUUUCCUCAUUUUAAAGUUUUCUUGGUAAGGUUCCAUUGGGUUGGAUUAAUUCAGCACCCACGACAGCUAGGUGUCUCAUAAUUUAAUGAUCUACCUUUUCUUUUAGGAGGUUACGAAUUGAUGGUCUGUUAGGAGGGAAUGAGAUAUUGUUUAGUAAGAUGGGUGAUGAGAGAGAGCAGUAAUAGUAAUUGCACCUUAGUAGUUCAUUGGAUGGAGGGGUUCGAAUUGUGUCUAUUCAAAAAGGUAAAAUGUGCAUCUUUUUAUCCUGCCAUAAUUUGUCACCGUUUAUAGUAAUUGAAAUUUUGACAGUCAGAGUUGUGACGUGAUGCCUAAAGUGUAUGUUGUAUGGAGAAUGCUGUAUCAUAAUUCUGAGUGUAAAUUUCCAUUUGUACUUUUGUCCAGCAGUAGUUUCUGCACCUAUUAUAUAUAAUUCUUAAAAAAAAAGGAGGAGAAAUUCA